ACCAGUGACAUUGCCAAAUCAUGGCCCCUUAGAGAUUACAACUGUAUUCCCAAGUAAGACAAAGUUGGUGAAAAGACUAUUUCCCUCAUUAGUUCUGGUAGUGACAGAAGAAAGCAGAAUGUCCCUGAGAGUUCUCAUCAUUGUAUCCUAGCAACUUAUAUUUACUAAUAAAAGACCAAUUGUUUAUAUACAUUAUACUUGUGCCUCAUAACAACAUUGCAAGGUAGGAAGUAUUACCAAUUUACAGAUGUGAAAAGAGAUUGGCCAAUGACCACAGUGUAAGUGUUGGAACCAGGAUCUGAUCUAGAUCCAUCUGGUUGGAAGACCCAUAAUCUCUGCACUAUCACAUUCUAUUUAAUAGGCUCUGGUAUCCACACUGCUCUUCCUGUUUAUUGGCAACUUGGUGUGCUCCAAUGAAUAAAAGCAUCUCUCAGAAACCUUCAAUUUGAUAUUUAAUCCCUAGAAAAGGACUUUAAAUUAGCAAUCAGCAAACACGGGAAUAUUGUAUAAUAUACGGCAUUGUCAGAGAUGCAGAGAUACAAGGUAUAGAGGGGAGCCUGGUUCAUGACAACUUUGAUUAUGCUUCCCUCUUGAUCGUUUCCAAAGGGCAGCAACAAAGGGAAGGGACAGGACUUCACUGACUGUGUGUUGAUGCAUUAAAGUAAUCCUGACUUAUUUUAAUGAAAACCUGUUACUGACAAAAGUGAUUUUAGGGUUUGUGGUUAUUAGUUAUGUCAGUUUGGAAUGCUGACUGGUUCAUGUGGAGUAUUGUUAAGAAUAUUAAUCAAACAUGCCAUGGUUAAUUUUGGCCCAUGGUAAUGGAUGUAUUCUAAUUUUCAAUGGAUGUGGAAUUGUGUAACAGAUAUAAAAGCUCCAGGGUGCUGUCAGUUAAACCUCUCAGCAUAAAGAGAUAUUAUUGUCUCUGUAGAAAUCAAUUAAUAGGAAGAGAAAAUGAAUAUGACUUACCAGCUGCCAAAGCAUCUCCCAGUAAGUACACUAUACUAGUAACAGCAUUUAAGAAGUUGUAAUUAAUAUUCAUCUACUUAAAUUAAUAUAUCCCUUGUAGGUAUAUUAUACAUGCUUAAUAUAAACAUCAGAAAUUGUUAUGUGAAAAUAAUUUAUUAAGCAUAUAUCAAAAGGAAGACGUUUACAAAAAACAAAAAAGAUUGUACUGUUGAUAUGGCUCUCAUCCUUCUGUUAUCUCAUUUACCAUUUUUAAUUUUUGGAUUUUAAAGAGAAUACAUCAUUUCCUAUUAACCCACAAUUGCCUGUAAGAAUUCUAAUUAUGUGCGAACAGAGAGAGCACUUGAAUAUGGGGGAAAGGGUGCGUUCUGGAGGCUGUCCCCAGAUCCAAGCUAUUCGCAUCCUGAGACUCAGACAGUCGGCCCCAUGUCUCAGCAGUCCUCAGACUGGGAGCUGGAGGAGUGUGAGUCCGUCCUCAGCCUGAGGAGGAGCAAGUCCUUGUACUCGCCAGCGGUGGCCAACCCAUUCGUGCAGCAGACGCACAUCAGCGCAUGGCGCUGGGCCUACAUCAUCCUCAUGGGGACUCUGCUGGUGCCGGUGCGAGUGGCCUGCAUCGCCUUCCUCUUCAUCUUCCUCUGGCCGGUGGCCGUGCUUUGCACCAUAGGCCUUUCUGCUCACCCAGCCAAGCCAGCCAAGAGAUGGAGAAGAAAACUGGCGCAACCAGCUCUCAAAUUCCUGUUUCAGGCGACAUUCUUUUCAGCAGGGUUUCUGGUUAAAGUGAAAGGGAAAAAGGCAACCCGAGACGAGGCCCCCAUUUUCGUUACAGCCCCGCACUCCACUUUCUUUGAUGCGAUCGCCUGUGUUGUGGCAGGGUUACCCUCUGUGGUCUCUGCAAGUCAAAACGCACAGAUCCCAGUGGCUGGGAAAUUCUUACUGUCAACGCAGCCCGUGCUUGUGACCCGAGAGGACCCCAAUUCCAGGAAGACUACCCGGAACGAAAUCCUCAAGCGAGUGACAUCCAAAAGGAAGUGGCCACAGAUCCUGAUUUUCCCGGAAGGAGUGUGUACCAAUCGCACGUGUCUGGUCACUUUUAAACUAGGGGCCUUCUCCCCAGGUGUUCCUGUACAGCCAGUUCUGCUCAGGUACCCAAACACCCUGGAUACAGUGACCUGGACCUGGCAGGGGUUCACAGGCUUCCAGGCCUGUAUGUUGACCCUGAGUCAACUCUUCACCAGGGUAGAAGUUGAGUUUAUGCCUGUUUACAUCCCAAAUGAUCAAGAAAAAAAAGACCCCAUCCUUUUUGCCAAUACAGUGAGGAUCAACAUGGCAAAUGCUCUGGGGGUGCCUGUGACAGACCACACUUAUGCAGAUGGCAGACUGAUGAUUACCACAGGUAACCUUCAACUGCCCAUGGAAACUAGCUUGGUGGAGUUUACAAAACUUAGCCAGAAAUUGAAGUUAGAUUGGGAUAAUAUUCACCAGCAUUUGGAUGAAUAUGCUGCAAUUGCAGUCACUUCAAAAGGAGGGAAGAUAGGAAUUGAAGAAUUUGCAAAUUAUUUAAAACUCCCAAUUUCAGAGCCCCUGAGACAACUUUUUGCCCUUUUUGACAGGAAGAAUGAUGGCAGCAUAGACUUCAGAGAAUAUGUGAUAGUUCUGACUGUCUUAUGUAAUCCUGCCAACACUGAAAAGAUUCUGCAAAUGUCGUUUAAGCUUUUUGAUCUUGAUGAGGAUGGUUUCAUAACAGAACAGGAGCUGGCUGCUAUACUUCAGGCGGCUUUUGGAGUACCAGAUCUUGAUGUUUCCAGACUCUUUCAGGAAAUAGCUGGACAGAACUCAGAGAUCAUUUCAUACAAGAACUUGAAGAAAUUUGCCUUGAAGCACCCAGAAUAUGCCAAGUUAUUUAAUUCAUACUUAGAUCUCCAGGCAGCCUAUGUAUGUGCAUUACCACAAGUAUAGGUUUAAUCGCUGUAUUCAAAUGUUAAAGUCAGCCCUGAAAAUGGUGACAGUACCUUCCAGGUAGAAACUUUGAUUGAAAUAAAAAAUUAUUCUUUGAGGAAAAAUACCACAAUUUUUACUCUAAGUGG